AUGGCUCCUUACACCAAAGUUGAGGAAUCAUUCAACAUUCAAGCCACACACGAUGUGCUUGUCUACGGAACCCCCAGUUCAAACAUCCACAGCAGGCUGUCCCACACCUACGAUCACUUCACAUUCCCUGGUGCUGUUCCACGAACCUUUGUCGGCUCAGUGUUGUUGGCCGGUAUAUCACAACCCAUCAUUCUCAUUCUAGGCUUCCAGCAUGCACAGAUCAUCAUUCGUGCCUUGCUUGGUCUAUUCAAUGCCUUCAGCUUACACAUCUUCACCCGCAACCUUCGCCAAGCCUACGGCCCUGCUGCAGCAAGAUGGUAUCUCCUCCUCCAAGCCAGCCAGUUCCACGUCUUAUUCUAUGCCUCACGCACUCUCCCGAAUAUGUUCGCCUUUGGCCUCACCACCCUGGCCAGUUCUUACCUGUUACCAACCCCCAAGAACAUCAAAUCGACACCCCGUCGCCAACGUCUAGCGAUAACAAUGUUCGUCUUCGCGGCAGUCAUCUUCCGCUCUGAAGUUGCCCUGCUCCUUGCUACCAACCUCCUUUACCUCGUCUUGCUGCCUGCCAUCUCCAUCGAACAAAUCAUCUUCCCCUUUGCGGCAUCGUUCGCCAUUGCUUUGGCAAGCUCAGUCCCAAUCGACAGCUAUUUUUGGCAAAAGCCCAUAUGGCCGGAACUAUGGGGCUUUUACUACAACGUCGUCGGGGGCAACUCCUCAAACUGGGGGACGUCACCAUGGUAUUACUACUUUGUCUCGGCUCUACCAAGACUACUCGUCAACCCACUUUCUUGCACAGUUCUCAUCCCUUAUUCGCUAUAUCACCCUGCCUUGGCGCCCGCAGCGAAGAAACUUGUCAUUCCGUCAUUACUCUUCGUCGCCAUUUACUCGCUCCAGCCCCACAAAGAAGCGAGGUUCAUCUUCUACGUCGUCCCCUCCCUCACAGCAGCCGCUGCCCUCGGCGCUGCUACUCUCUCCCGGAAAUCGCAAGUCCUCACCCUUAUUCUCUUCGCCUCAGUGCUCGCAUCAUUCGCCAUCUCAACUGGGAUGUUGCUCAUCUCAUCACUCAACUACCCCGGCGGCGAAGCCCUUUCGUACCUCGCCACCUCCCUGGCUGAAUCACCAUCCACCAGCUCAGGGGAGGUAGUCCCCAUUCACGCAGAUGUCCUCUCCUGCAUGACGGGUGUCACCCUCUUCGGGUCUUCCUCCGCGGCGGGAUCGGCGUUUCCAAAGCUGGAGCCGGAUGGGGGGUUGAUCUUUCAUGAGAAGGGCAGCCGGGGUAAGGGGGUUGUUAUCAAGGUUGAUAAGACGGAGGAUGAAGGCGAUCUAGUGCAGGAGGAGUUUUGGAGGGGGUUUAGGUAUGUUUUGACGGAGGAUCCUGACAAGGUGAAGGAGAGGAGUAAGGGGGUUGAGUGGGAGACUGUUGGGGUUGUGAGGGGGUUCGGGGGGGUGGAGGUGUUGAGGCCGGGUCAGGAGGGGCAAAGGGGGAAUGUAGGAGAGGUGGUAGGGAAGGGGAGGGUGGUGGAGGCGGUGAGGGAUAAGGUGAGAGGGUUGACGGGCGGUUGGUGGGUUGGGCCGGGGAUGGUGGAUAGGAUUUGGAUUUUGAGACGGGGGAGGGGUGGGAAGGCGGGGUGGAAGGUACGGGAGGAGAGUUCAUAA